UGACCCUCUUAUUUUCAAACCCUAACAAUAUGACCUGGCUCAAAGCAAGAGCAGGUGGAAAAACGAACCAGCCAGUCACGGAAAAACCAGAACAAACCUUCCCAGCAUAUUCUUUAAUCGUCCAUUCUAUUCCCUAUCUCUUUGUCUAAACCAAACCCUAACCCUAAAAACCCAACAAUCCAUGGCUGACCACCACACACCUGAAUCGGACCACGAGCCCGACGUGAACACCCGUCUCUACAACCCCUACGCGGACCUCAACAUCCCCAUCCAAACCCUCUACAAACUCCCAACCUCCCCCGAGUUCCUCUUCCCCGAAGAAUCCCUCCGCCAGCGCCGUUCUUGGGGAGAGAAUCUCACCUUCUAUACUGGGAUGGCUUACUUGGGUGGGUCUAUUACCGGCGCCGGCAUUGGGUUGUUUUCGGCUUUUAAAUCGAUGGAGCCUGGGGAUACAUUGAAGUUAAAGAUUAAUAGGGUUCUGAAUUCUUCCGGGCAUUCGGGUCGGUCUUGGGGCAACCGGGUCGGUGUGAUCGGGUUGAUUUAUGCGGGAAUGGAAAGUGGGGUAGUGGCGCUCACAGAUAGGGAUGAUGUUUGGAGUAGUGUGGCAGCAGGGCUGGGGACUGGGGCUGUGUGUCGGGCGGCGAGAGGGAUAAGGUCGGCGGCGGUGGCUGGCGCGCUUGGUGGACUGGCGGCAGGUGCAGCUGUGGCGGCGAAGCAGGCGGCGAAGAGAUAUGUGCCCAUUUGAGAGGGAUUUGUAUGGUUUGUUUGAGAAAGUUUCAAUUUUGUCUGGAUAGAAGGUAUUAAAAAAAUUCAAUUGAUGAAGGAAUUUUCUGAUUGAUUAUGAAUAAUGAAUCAUGAAAUUGAUUAAUUUGAUUAUUAUAUACACACACACCCACACACAUAUAUAUUUGUAGUGUUGUGAUGUAGUAAAUAAUUCAUGUGGCGAUAAAAGACGCUGAUGAUUGAAUAGAAAGUUUUUGGGUCUAUGUUGGUAAUUA